UGUACCAUACCGUAGCCAUGGCUUUCGUUGAUGACCUGGUCGGCACACUGUCGGAUGGCGACAAUAUUUCAGAUGAAGAAAUAUCAGAAGAAGAAGAAGAAGAAGUAGUGGAAGUCGCACCAAAGGGCAAGAAGAGAAAACGAGAAGAAAAGCGAGAGCAGAGCCCGGUGAAGAAGCAGAAAGAUGAUACAGAUGCGAAAGAUCCAGACCUCAACCCGAACUUCGAGUUCGAAAGUGCUGGAGGCUCUGCUGCAUUAGAUGAUCUGGAUAUAUGGGCGCAAAGCGGCAGCACAGCUGCACAGGACAACAUCGAUGCCAUCAUAGCUCGCAAGCGUAGUGCGAAGAGUGGCGCAAAUAAGGCUGCUGUCGAGGAAGUAGCCGAGAUUGAGGAGGAUCUAGAAGAUGAGGACCCAGUAUCUGACGAAGAUUCGGAAGGAGCGGACAGUGAUGAGGGCGAAUUCUCUACCGCCAUCGAGUUUGGAGACGGCGAGGUCGAUGGAGAUUCAGAGGAGGAGGACGGAAGCGACGAUGAAGAUAAAGAGGAAAAGGGCUUGGUAUCUGGCGACGAGGAAGAGGAGACAGAAGUUGCUCACGCAGUGCCGCAUCCUGAUGAUGCGGCAGACUCAGGCUCAGAGGACGGUGAGGAUGCCAUUGAAGCGGAACGGCGCAAUGCCUUCUUCGCUGCUGAAGAGACGAAAAGUGCGAAAGCAACUGCGACUGCCUUUCACUCCAUGAACUUGUCGCGACAGAUAUUGAAGGGCCUGGCCGCUGUAGGGUUUGACAAGCCCACACCUAUCCAGGCCAAGACCAUACCUGUCGCUCUCGAGGGCAAGGAUCUCGUAGGAGGCGCCGUCACAGGAUCUGGAAAGACUGCUGCAUUCCUUAUUCCUAUACUGGAGCGUCUGUUAUACCGACCAAGAAACGCUGCGACCACUCGCGUGGCCAUCCUCAUGCCCACCCGUGAGCUUGCCUUACAGUGCUUCAACGUUGCCAAAAAGCUUGCUGCUCAUACCGAUAUCACUUUCGGUCAAGCAAUUGGUGGUCUAAACUCGCGCGAACAAGAGAAGCAGUUGAAGCUCAGACCCGACAUCGUCAUUGCCACUCCUGGACGAUUCAUUGAUCUCGAGCGCAACUCUGCCUCUUUCGCUGUCAACACGAUCGAGAUUCUCGUUCUGGAUGAGGCAGAUCGUAUGCUUGAGGAAGGGUUCGCCGAUGAGCUGAACGAAAUCCUGACAAAGAUCCCGAAGUCAAGACAGACUAUGCUGUUCUCCGCCACGAUGACCUCGAAAGUCGACGAUCUGAUCCGCGUGGGCAUGCAGCGGCCAGUGAGAUUGAUGGUGGAUGCACAAAAAGCAACAGUCUCUGGCCUUGUCCAAGAGUUUGUCCGAUUGCGCCAAGGUAGAGAAGGGAAACGGCUCGCAUAUCUCAUGGUGCUGUGCGAACAGAUCUAUACCGAUCGAGUCAUCAUCUUUUUCCGUCAGAAGAAAGAAGCUCAUCGCGUCCGCGUGAUCUUCGCGCUCGCAGGCAUGAAAGCUGCCGAACUGCACGGAAACAUGACCCAAGAACAGCGUAUCAACGCCAUCGAGACCUUCCGCACAGGCAAAGCCUCAUUCCUCCUCGCCACGGACCUCGCAUCACGUGGUAUUGAUAUCAAAGGGAUCGAAACAGUCAUCAACUACGAAGCACCUCAAUCUCACGAAAUCUACCUCCAUCGUGUUGGACGUACAGCACGUGCAGGCCGAUCUGGUCGCGCUUGUACACUCGCAGCAGAACCCGACCGAAAAGUCGUCAAAGCAGCAGUCAAAGCCGGCAAAGCCCAAGGAGCAGUGAUCAAACAACGUUCCGUCGAAGCUUCCGACGUAGACGCCUGGCAAACCCGUCUAGACGCCAUGGCCGAAGACAUCGAAGACGUUCUACGAGAAGAGAAAGAAGAGCGAGCUCUGCAAGCCGUCGACCGCGAUCUCACCAAAGCCGACAAUAUCGUCAAGUACGAAGAUGAGAUCAAAGCCAGACCGAAGAAGACUUGGUUUGAAAGCGAGAAGGAUAAACAGGCUGCUAAGGAUAAGGGUAGGGCUGUGCUGAAUGGUGCUGAAGCUACGACGAAGAAGAAGAAGAAGGGGAAGUUGAGUAAUAAGGAUAAGAAGAAAUUGCAGAAUAAGGAUGAUAGGGCUGCUGGUGGGAAUGAGUGGAAGUUGAGUAAGAAGGCUACGGUGAAGGGCAAAGCGGCCAGUGACAUGAAAAUUAAGAAGAAGAAGAAGGCUGCGAAGAAAGGGGGGAAGAAGAAGUAGUGCCAGUAAUUCGUAGCGAAGGCAUAUCAUCAUAUAUUGGUCGCAGCUUCGGUAUGCCACUGUUCCGCAACAGACACCGCAAGCUUUCGAGGAAUAUCCGAGAAAUGAACGAUACCAGAUGCUUUUUAUCAG